UUUUCAAUCUCAAUGCUAAAGAGUCGAUUAUUUACAAGGUCACUUAUACCAACUACAAUGGCUGCACCUGUUCGUCAAGCUAUUCAGAAAGGAGUUGAUAGGACGAGUCUUGGGUACAAGAUCAGAAGAUGGUGCUAUUAUAAAUCUUAUUUUCCAGAGCUAGGGCUCCGCAAAGAUGACAUUAUUGUUGAAAGUCCAGAAACUGGUCACAUCAUAAAAGAGGCACUGAGGAGAAUACCAAAAGAAGAAUUUGAUGCCCGUAACUUUCGUAUCUUGAGAGCCAGCCAGCUGUCAAUGACAAAAACAACUUUACCCCGUAAUCAGUGGACAGUUUAUGAAGAGGAUGAACCUUACCUCCAGCCACAUAUAGAUGAAGUUUUGCGAGAGAUGAAGGAGAGAAAACAUUGGGAUUCUGUUUAAUAGUUUUGUUUACAAAUGCUCUAAUUGCAUGCUACAUUAUUUAGAAUAAUUCAAUAAAAACUGUUUUUAUAAAAGAGAUGUAGUAUUGUAUUCAAAUGUUUACAGUGAAUGUCACUAAAGCAAUGCAAAGUAUGGAAUGAUGCUUAAUUUGAUUAAAGAUGCUCAUUAAAGACA